AUGCCACUGUUUCGCAUCGUCAUUGUCGGAGGUGGCAUCGCGGGCUUCACGGCUGCUAUUGCUUUGCGUGGGAGCAACAGACAAAUCACAGUGCUGGAGCAGUCGAGCCUGAACAAGGAGAUCGGUGCCUUGAUUUCGCUGCAACCAAAUGCUUCACGAAUAAUAGAAUCAAAAUGGGGCCUGAAAAAAGAACUGCGCCGUGCCCGAGAGAUGGUGGAUCAAGGUUUUCGCAUUUACGACACAGAUGGGCAGCUUGUGAAAACCGUGCCGUUGUUGACAAAGACGGAGUACGGGGCAGACCGUCUCCUAUUCCAUCGGAAGGACCUUCAUGAGACCUUGAAGGAAGCUGCUAUGUCUCCAGAGAGUAGUGGGAAUCCGGUUGUAGUGCGGACUGCAUCACGGGUUGUCAACUGCAACCCAGAAAAUGGAACAGUGACUCUAGAGGAUGGAGAUGUUGUCAGAGGUGAUCUCAUCAUUGGGGCAGACGGGAUACAUAGUGUACUUCGCAAACACGUUCUAUACGAAGACUCUUUGCCCAUGCCAACUGGUCAUUCCGCUUAUCGCCUUAUGAUACCAACGCACGUCCUGGAAGAGCAUGAACCAUCUUUCUGCGAGAAAAUCAACCCGCGUGAUCCUUUUACAUCAAUGAUGAUUGCGCAUAAUUGUCGCUUGAUUAUGGGUCCCGGUAGACAAGGUGAAGUGUUCGGGAUUGUUGCUUUGGUGCCGGACGAUGAUAUGAGCGAGGAUCCUCAAGCAAAGCAGUCCUGGGUCUCAGAGGGAGACUUGAUGAAAAUGCUGGAGACUUUUGCCGAGUUCCCUGUCUGGGUGACCGACAUCUUCAAACACUCGGCAGACAUUGGGCUGUGGCAGCUGCGUGAUCUUGAUCCGCUCAAGACGUGGCACCGUGGCCGCGUCAUUCUCAUUGGAGAUGCAGCCCAUGCAAUGCUUCCCACACAGGGCCAAGGGGCUAGCCAGGCAAUCGAGGACGCUGAAGCAUUGGGGGCCUUUUUUGAAGAUAUCGACAAGCCGCCGUCCCAAGACGUACUUGAAAAGAUUCUAGGGGAUGUUUUCCACGCCCGUUAUUCCCGAGUGAGCUUAAUUCAAGCUUAUAGCCGGCAGGCAGCCAAGCCUGGGACAACCAAGGGAGAUAAAGCAAUCACUAUACCCCGCGACGCUCUCUACGGAGCAAGACACCCGGAGGCCACCACUGUCCCCAUUGUGACAAGGCAUAUGAACGCCCUGAUCAUCUGGUCCGCCAUCUCGAUUCCCGGUGAAGAUCGCAAUGAGCGUACCUACCAGUGCCAUACUUGCCAACGUGGUUUCAACCGCAGGGAUGUGCUCCAGCGCCACCAGGUGGUGCAUGAGAGAGAUGCCGCAGAAAGCACGUCAACCGCCAAGCGCCCGAGAGAACGUGCGAUCGAAGCCUGUGAGGCCUGUGCAACUGCAAAGCUGAGCUGUGACAACGAUCGGCCGUGCAAGCGAUGCCAGACAAAGGACAUUACCUGUGUCCCGAGGACUAGCCGGACGCAUAAUACGAACCAUCUGUCACGGUCGCUACUUGGGCCGCCGUGCUCACCAUUCGACCAUGACCAUGGCGAGCUCACGACGAUAACCACCACCCCGGAGUCAGGCCCAUCUGAACCCAGCGCUCCACGAGCAUCAGCCCAAUAUUCGGGGAGUAGCCACGAGCUAUACGGCUCUAAGCUAGCACAUUACGAGCUGGCCAUGGAUCCAUUCUUAGCCCAGGAAGGGCUGCAGGUCUAUCCAGCCCUGAAUAGUUUUCCGGCCUUUUUUGAGCAAGUCAUGCUACCAAGUGUGGAAUUUGAUGGCGUACCGCAAGGGACACAGCAGCCUCGCAGUGUGUUUGACUUCAUGCAGGACACUGACUUCACAUUUUCUGACUCUGAUUUGUUUGGGACGGACUUCAUCCCAGAUCUCGAUCGAAUUCUUGACACUCGGAUGCCCUUCUCUACAAUUGAACAUACCCAAGACACCAUGUUGGAUGUCCAUGAAUCAGCCAGACGACGUGUGGAGGCUUUCCAGCGUUCAAUCUGGCUCUGGGUGCCGGAAAAGAACCAGAAUGCGUUCAGCGAAGAGGGAAGGAUCCCACUGAGGGACAGCGAUCGUAUUCCAUCCGACCACCAAACUCGUCUCGAGGCACUGAAUAUACCCGGCAAACUAUCUGUGCACGCACGCGACGAUAUCUUCAAGCUUGUAAUCAGGACAGCGGGAUCGCAACUAUCAGUCUCGUCGUUUCCGUCCGCGGAGUACUUGGACACUCUGAUCAAAAUCGGUAUUGGCAAACGCACUGAAACAGAUGCAUGGAUUCAUCCAUAUACAUUUUACGAUCAGCAGAUCCGACCCGAGCUGCUGACGGCUCUGGUGGCAGCGGGGUGUGUUUGCUGUGGAUUGCCGUCCAUCAACAAGACUGGUAUCAUUCUUCAGGAAAUUACGAGGGUGGAAGAUGACAAUAGCGUCCUCCGAGAUCUACAGUACAUGCAAGCUUCGAUGUUGUGGCUCGACAUUGGUAUAUUCUGUGGCUAUAAACGCAAGAUGCAGAUUGCAGAAAGCUAUCUCCAGCCACUAUGCACGACGCUUCGACGCGCUGCUAUAUUCGAUCGAUCCACAUACUCUGUUAUCACGCCGUACUUGGUGGGCGACGAUGAGGAAUCACUGCAAAAAGUGUGGCACGAAUGGGUGCGGCAAGAGUCUCUGAAAAGAUUGGUGUAUCACCUCUUUGGUCACGAUAUUGAAGUCGCCAUGGCGAUGCAGCGCCCGGCAAUCAUCUCGUAUGCUGAACUCACGCUUCCAUUUCCAGCUGCCCGCGAUUUGUGGCUGGCACCCACGGCGGCUGCAUGGAAGGACAUCUGGACAGCAAGGUAUCAUGCGGUGAAAACUACCGAGUUGAGUCUGAGAGAUCUAUUGUCAGACCCAUCGCUUACCACGCAUGUUACCGUUGAGCAUGAUUGUGAAAUUAGCAGAUCUGCACUACUUGAUGGCUUGGCUAGUCAGGUAUGGGAAUUCCGACAGCAAAUGAUGCUCUCUCAGGGACAUCAAUCCGGGCCCCGUGCCACAACGCAGCUCUGGCUACAAAGUAGACAAGAAGACCUUUAUACUACUCUCAAAACUGUCCAGGCAGAAUCGCUCAACCCACCGGCUGUCACUACCCUACUACAGGAGUUCAUCAUGAUGUACUUGCAUGUGGACGUAGAUGCCAUCCAACGAUUUGUAGGUAAGUUGGGAGAGCUGGAUGCACGUCGCGCAUAUCCUGGCCUGAGAGAUUGGAGUCGCACCAAGGGAGCUCGAACCAGCAUUUGGCAUGCCGGCCAAGUUCUCCGUGCCGCUCGCUCUGUGAGCGCAUACCAGCUGCGCGGGUUUGACUCACUUGCUAUUUACCACUCGGCCUUGGUCCUAUGGGUAUACGGUUUACUUAAAUGUGGCGAGACACGACGAUUGGAAAUGAGUACACCAAUGAGCGAGACUGAUGGGGCGCCUUUAGUGGCAUUAGAUGGACCAGAACACCAGGCCACAAGAGCAUUCUUAGGUCAUGACCAUGGUCGACCGGGCUUGACGAUGUACCAGUAUCGCAACGGGCAAGAAGGCGAGGUCGAAGUCUUUUGCGAAUUGAGCAAGCCGCGCUCUGUCAUGGCGGUGGCGCGGCAGGUAUUUGAGGGAAAUUGUCCUCGUCCAUUGCCGGACGAUAUACUACCACCAAUUAUCCAAAACCUCUGCGACCUCAUGGAGGAUCUAGGAAACCUGCCGUGA